AUGUACGGAAAUCCGUGUAAUGUGAACCCGCAGGUCGCUAAUUUCUUCCAUCAAGUUGACGCAAAUAGAAGUGGUUCCAUAUCUGCAGAUGAACUUCAGCGAGCGUUAAAUAAUGGUCUGUGUACAGCAUUCAAUAUAAGGACAGUUGAACUGAUGAUAGCCAUGUUCGACAAGGAUAUGAAUGGUACAAUGAAUUUACAAGAAUUCGGUCAAUUAUUCGCCUAUGUACAACAAUGGCAAACAUGUUUUCGUAGUUACGACAGAGAUAACUCGGGUACUAUUGAUGUCAACGAAUUGCAAACCGCUCUUACCUCGUUUGGCUAUCGUCUAUCUUCACAGUUUAUCUCUCUCUUAGUUCGAAAAUUUGAUCGACAUCGACGUGGAUCAAUAUCAUUUGAUGAUUUCAUCUUGGCAUGUGUUUGUUUAAAGAAUUUAACUGAUGGCUUCAAAGUACACGAUCACCAACGAAAUGGGAUGGCACAAAUGAAUUAUGAGAGCUUUUUAACUGCUGCAUUCAGUGUAGUCACUUAA